AUGAAACCCUUAAGUGAUGCACCCCCUUCCCAAGCAACACCUACUGCAACAGCUGAACCUGUUGCCCAAGCUGUACCUACUGCCAUUCCAACUAAUGCUGAGGUUCCCCCACUUCCACCUAAAGGUAAUAAUCGGAAAAAGUCUAUUGCUUGGGACCAUUUUGAAAAAGUAGAUAUUGGUGAGGGUCAUUUUAAGGCUGUUUGCAAUUAUUGUCAAAAAACUUAUCUAGCUGAUAGUAAAGGGCAUGGUACUGCUAAUUUAUUGAAUCAUAUGCCAAUUUGUGUUAAAAACCCUAAUAGAAAGACACUUAAAGGGCAACAAACCUUAGCGUUUGAACCCAAAAUGGAUGGGGAGGAAGGGUUUCAGCUUUUACUGACAGCCUUUACUAUUGAGGCUUCUAGAAAGGCACUUACUGAAAUGGUUAUAAUAGAUGAGUUGCCUUUUAGGUUUGUUGAAGGUUAUGGGUUUCAAAGAUAUGCAACAACCUUACAACCUAAGUUGCAAAUUAGGGAUAUCCCAUCUCAUCAAACUGUGGCUAGGGAUGUGAUUGACAUUUAUGGUGUUGAGAGAGAGGAACUAAAAGGGGCCUUGAAGGGUCGUAGGGUGUGUCUUACUAUGGACACAUGGACGAGUAUUCAAAAUCUGUGUUAUAUGUCCCUUACAGGUCAUUUUAUUGAUGAUGAUUGGAAGUUGCAUAAGAGAAUUUUGAAUUUUUGUCAAGUUGAAGACCAUAAAGAGGAGACUAUAGGUAGAAAGAUUGAGUUGUGUUUGCGUGAGUGGGGUAUUAGUGGCAUAUUCACUUUAACAGUGGACAAUGCUAGCUCAAAUGGUGCCACCAUUAAGUUUUUGGAAAAUGUAACUAAAGAUUGGGAGGGGACUGUUUUAGAACAUGAGUUCUUACACAUAAGAUGCUGUGCACAUAUCCUAAAUCUGAUUGUGGGGGAUGGUAUGAGAGAAAUUGAUGCAUCCAUUGCAAAGGUGCGUGAAGUUGUGAGGUAUGUGAAGUCCUCACCAAAUAGGAAUCAAACUUUUGUGGGUUUUGUGGAGAGAUUAGGUAUUGAGUCUAAGUCUCUUCUUUGUCUAGAUGUACCAACUAGGUAG